AUGUCAGUAGCACAGCCGUCUCAACCGCAGCCUGCUGCACAAAGGUCUGGAAGACCUGGUCCAGUAUAUCGCCAUCCUGUCUCAGGGUACGCUACACUGAACGGCACAUAGUCAGAGGCAGAUAGCUUAGUGGUUAAGAGCGUUGUGCCAGUAACCGAAAGGUCGCUGGUUCUAAUCCCCGAGCCGACUAGGUGAAAAUUCUGUCGAUGUGCCCUUGAGCAAGGCACUUAACCCUAAUUGCUCCUGUAAGUCGCUCUGGAUAAGAGUGUCUGCUAAAUGACUAAAAUGUUUAUGGCACCCUAUAUAGUGCACUACUUUUGGUUUCAAGUCUGGAAGGUACAGUAUAUUUGGUUUCCCAGUCCUGGCUGUUGUGUCCCAGGUGUAGCACUGGUGUAGCAGCAGUACAGUGUAUUGGAGGUCUGGUGCAGACAGGACAGUUGUUUUGCUGUGAUCAGAUUCUCUAGCUGCUGUUCUCACAGCUGGGCUUCUCCCUCACAGCUGCUGCCUCUGUGUCUUUAUCCUUCUGUAUAACACACCUCAACACACACACACACACACCCUCCUACACUACAGAGGCAGAGUCCCUUAUAAAGAUUUUAUUUUCCCCUUCCCCUGCAUCUUAUUGUCUGUGUGUGUGUGUGUGUGUGUGUGUGUCCUGACAGGUGUCCUCCUACCUGCCUGCCCUGGUGAGGCUGUGUGUGGUCAAAGCAGGUGGCUCCAGAGGCCCCCGGGCAGACAGCAGGGGCCCUCGGCCUGGGACUGAACCCACCUCCUGCUGUUGGCGCACCCAGGGGACCGCGACAGGGAGAGUCUGUCUGUCUGUCUUUCUGUCUGUUUCUGCCCCCCUGAGGACCAUAAACUACCCCAGAAAGGCUACACAGAGGCCAGCCAACCAACCUGCCUGAGAGCAGCGGAGGGGAGAGAAGAGUGGAAGGAAGAGGUGAGAAAGGGCAGAGAUCUGAUGAAAUGAAGGAAGGCUGGAGACACCUGGAGUGGAGGGGGGGGGGGGCUUCCCCCUCUCCCCCUUCACAUCCACACCUGCCCCAUACCAGGCAGAUGCCGCUGUUCAACACCCCGUCGUUGGCACAGACACAGGUCAGACAGGCAGGCAGGAUGAGGUUAAUCUCAGGGCUAGCAGUUCACUCACCGACCAGCCUCAGCCUCUCUCCCCUCAGACUUUAUUCAUCAACGUUCAUCUUUUCCAAUAGGAAAUCAAAAGACAACAUUAAUGUUACCUCACCAGUCAAAAGUAUAUCUUUUUCAAUGAAUGAUUGUGUAUUACUAAGCGAUGUGAGAGAGGAGAACAUUCAAUAUGAAUGGUUUGUUUGAGAAAGCUGCUAGCAUGAGUGAGGCCCCCCUUUCGAGCUCUAACUUUGCUGAUAGCUACUUUAUUGAGGAAAAGUGUACUUACUAUGCCUGUGAUAUGUGGUUGUCCCACAUAGCUAUCUGAAGAUGAAUGCAAUAACUGUAAAUUGCUCUGGAUAACUGCUAAAUUACUUUUGGGUCUCUCUCUCUCUCCUCUCUCUCUCUCUGCAAAGGUCCAGACAAAGGCUGGUGGGAGGCUCUCCAUAAUUGAAGCCCUGUUUCCUCCUGCUGGCUUAAUCAAGCAGAACUUAAUGCUUUUCUGUUUGAACCCAUUUGGGUUUGUCAUUGCCCUCUCUCUUUAUCACUCUCUCUCUCUCUGUCUGUCUUUUGUCCCGAUACAUGUUACUGUACCACAGCACAGUGAAUCACUGCAUCCCUCUCUUCAAUUUAAGAACUCCGCUUUGAUUACUACGAUUGAGUAGCAAAAAAAAAUGAAUUUAGGCUGAUUUUAAAGGACUUAAACAGCAAUGUCGAUUGUGGAGUUGAUCUGAUGUGUUUGCUGCCUUUUUGAUUCCUGAGAGUGCUUUAUCCCACCCUGUGGGGUGGAAAUGACACAGGAGAGAGUCUGCUGUCUGUAUGUCUGUGUGUGUCUGUGCGUGUGUUUGUGCGUGUGUGUGUGCACACGUGUGUGUGUAUUUAGUGUUGGUGUAUGGCGUAGUGUAUACUGCCCCAGGGCUUGCAGUGAUCCUGCAGCCAGAAUGACAGAAUGAUGAUCCCCUAGAGUAUGGCCCAUCAUGAGAAAAACUAGGUCCACUCGCCAAGUCAAGUCUAUUGUCAGUGUCCCCAUGUGGACAGAGGACUUCUGGGUUAAGUGGGAUGAGAUGAAACGUGGCACUCUUCCUCUUAUCACUUGUUUUACUAUUCUUAUGGGGACCAAACAAUUUAUUCCCAUUCAAAAUCCUAUUUACCCUAACCCCUAAAUUUAAAAUAGCCGUUGUCCUUGUGGGGCGAAAUGUCUCCAAUUUUCCUUGUUUUACUAUCCUUGUGAGGACUUCUGGUCCCAACAAGGAUAUCAAAACCUAACAACCACACACACACACACACACACACACACACACACACACACACACACACACACACACACACACACACACACACACACACACACACACACACACACACACACACACACACACACACACACACACACACACACACCAUCUCGCCAGACUUGUCCCUGCUAAUAACAAGCUACGUGACAGGACGUGUGUUCCUCCCGCACUGCUAGGAGAUUCCGCCUGGGUUCUGAACAACCCAAUUACCAGGGAACAAGCAGGCUUCCUUGUAGUAAAGCAUGGCUACCCUCUCUCUCCCUCUCUCUCCUCCUCUUCCCUGUUCCCCAUGCAUCAGGCAGCCAGCAGCUCUGCUCCCCACCUCAUACACAGGACUCCUGACAGCCACUACGCAACUUUGAAGAGCCCGCUUUCACUUUCACUAGUUCUUUAUUUAUUUAUUUAUCAUAAUCUGCUUUUCUCUGAAUUUACUCUGUUGCUGUUUUACUCACUAAGUGGGGGGAAAACUGCGAUGGAAAAAUGACAUGUGAUGCCUGCGAAGCCAGCGUGCAUUGUAGACGGUGGUAGUUUGAUCAAGAGUGGCGCUGUGUAGUAAAAACAUGGCUACAGCCAGGUCACCUAGCACUGCUGAAUGUGAAGAGUAGUGAUACUGCUGCAUGGCCAAACUGCUCAACUCUCCUUGACAAGGUCAUCAUUAAUGCUGUAGGAAACAUUGAAUUGAAUUCAGAUGAUUAACCAACACCUACCUACCUACCCAGCUUCUGCCUGGGCGCCUACACUACCUCUCAGGAUCCAUUUUCUCAGUGCCGCUGAAACGGGUUGUGACCGUCAUCUUGGUUCACCCUCCAGUGAGGGAAAAAGUGAAGUAACACUCUGACUGCACUGUAUUUGAGAGUAUGGGCCUUACUAGGUGGCAGUGCACAAGGCCUUCCCAUGGUUGACAGUGACGGCCAUUAAAAGACUGAGCUGAGAGUAUCUCUCUGCUAGGGUCCUGAUAGCUGUCUGUUUGAAUGAGGCACAGCACAGAGUGGCCCCUACACACUGCUGCCACUGCUCUAUUCCUCAGAGAAUGUUCUACAAGCUCUUCCUUCUCAUCGUUCUGUGUGUGUGUGUGUGUGUGUGUGUGGGAGACCUACUAACAGGGAGACCUACCAUUCCUGGUGGUGAGAGGAAUUUCCUCUUUAUGGGCAUUCAUUGUGGGAGUAUUAAAUCGUUUGAAGAGAUGCCAGUCAUCAGAUGGCCAUGAUGAUUAUGUUUGAUGUUAUCAGAGGUGUGUGCGGAACUUCCUUUAAUUAGGGGCUUGGCACUCUGCGUGAACUCUGAGGUGUCCGCGCUCAUAUCCCCCCCACCUGAUCAGAAAUGUUCUGCGCCGGAGGCAGUAGAGUUGAAGAGGAGGGCAGGCAGAGGCAGGAGACUCGAGGCUGUUCGCAAGUUGUUUUUCCACUACGUGAUCUCUAUACCGAUGCGCUCUGCGUUAACUUUUUAUGAACCAUCGGCACACACACACAGACACACACACACACAUACAGACACACACACACACAGAUUUCAUCUUGCUUUCCUAUGAGCUAUUUUUCGGUGCUGCAUAUCUUCAGCCUCCAUGGCCACUUGGAUCUACCUUCUAGCAGCUGAGAGGGGCUAUGGGUUUAGGAAGGUUGUUUUCCCUCCUAUCUGGGCUCUACCUUCUAGCAGCUGAGAGGAGCUAUGGGUUUAGGAAGGUUGUUUUCCCUCCUAUCUGGGCUCUACCUUCUAGCAGCUGAGAGGAGCUAUGGGUUUAGGAAGGUUGUUUUCCCUCCUAUCUGGGAUCUACCUUCUAGCAGCUGAGAGGGGCUAUGGGUUUAGGAAGGUUGUUUUCCCUCCUAUCUGGGCUCUACCUUCUAGCAGCUGAGAGGAGCUAUGGGUUUAGGAAGGUUGUUUUCCCUCCUAUCUGGGCUCUACCUUCUAGCAGCUGAGAGGGGCUAUGGGUUUAGGAAGGUUGUUUUCCCUCCUAUCUGGGCUCUACCUUCUAGCAGCUGAGAGGAGCUAUGGGUUUAGGAAGGUUGUUUUCCCUCCUAUCUGGGCUCUGGCACUUGUACAAUCUUCUUGGUAAAAGUUAUGUCCUGUGUCCCCUGACUUGACUGGGUACCACCAAUAUAACUUGCAUUUAGAGCAGACAGACCAGGUAAAACAUUAAAACGUGACAUAUUGUGCCUCUGUUCCCUGUUAGAACGCUCAAUCACAUUGCAUCGCUAUCCAGUGACCACCAUCUUGUGGUACGCUUUAAAGCAAUAAGGCACCUCGGGGGUUUGUGGUAUAUGGUCGAUAUACCACGGCUAAGGAUUGUUCUUAGGCGCAACGAGAACCCUUGAGGUGCCUUAUUGUUAUCAGAAACUGGUUACCAACAUAAAUAGAACAGUAUACAAGUACUGUAUUUCUGCAUCAUACCCGUGGUAUAUUGUCAUAUAUACACAUGGCUGAAAUGCUGUUUCAGCCAAUCAGAAUCCAGGACCCAAAGUACCUAAAGCCUAAUUUAUAAAAAUGUUUGAUCUGUUUUUCAACCUCCAUGGCCAGCCAGGGUUUGUAGUUUCAUACAGUAGGAUAUUUAUAUUCAAGCCAUGUUAGUGUGAGAGAGCGAUUCUACAUUCAGACACUGGUUUAAAUGAAUACUUGGCAUUGUGUAUAGCUUUCUAGCGUCAUUCUGACAAAUAGCAUUCUUAUUAGAACCCAUUGCCAGGAGCUUUUUGAACCAGCUCGCCAGCCGACACAUAGUACAAGUACACAGACAAAGUGGACACAUACAUCUAACUUUUCUAUUAAAGAGUGAAAUGAGGGAUUGUUAGAGGGAUUUAUAGAAAAGGACAGGCGGAUUUAUCCUUUCCGUGCUUUUGUAAAUGCUGAGCAUGCAAUUACCCCUAAUAAUGGUGGAGUUGUGUCCAAAUUGGAGCCAUUAAAGUGAUUUAACAGUGCGUGGAUUGGGCCUGGCAUUGGCGAGGAUGUGUACACAUGGGGAGCUGUGGAAUGGGUGUUUAAUCACAGCGUUUUAGAGGCCAUAAUGGAGGAACACGGUGUGUAGAACGCUGACCUGCCACAGUGCAUAACAACUCAUUAAGGCCAACUUGGACUUCACUCUCUAUGGCAUUGGAGUUGCAGCUUUUUUUUGGUGUUCUUUAUUUUUAAUUUCUUUGUUUCCAUGGAACAAAUUUGGUCUUAUUUAUCUGAUUUCUUUAAGUGUAUUAUAGGAAGAUUGAGGAAGUAGGCUAGAGCUAAUGAGGGAGACGUUGCAUUGGCUCCAGCGUGUUACUUACUGUGCGGCGUGAGAGUAUUGGUACGGACCAGUAAUCCCCGAGAGGAGAAUGUGCCUUUUAGGUCACAGUACUGUUCUGGGAGGCUCCAAGACCGGAUCCAAUCCACCAGUCCCAGCUGUCCUGCUGAAUUUCGGACUAUUCCAGUUCGACAUAACACAAUCCAAACCCAUUAACUGAGCAGGAGCAGGAUUCAUUCAGGAUAUCCUGUGGGGUUUUUUCUUGUUUUUUCAGGGGCUGGCGAGAGGGUACGCACCAUAGAGACGCCAAGAGGAGGUAUUUAUACGAGAAGGUGCAGUUGUAUUUUUUACUUAACACUUUUUUUUUAAAUUAUAACUUUAAAAACUGCAUUGUUGGUUAAGGGCUUGUAAGUAAGCAUUUCACUGUAAUGUCUACACCUGUUGUAUUCGGCGCAUGUGGCAAAUUAAAUUUGAUUUGAUUUGAUGAUACAGGUAGGGCAACUGGGCACUGGAGAUCUGAAACAUGCUGCCACAACAACACAAGCUACCCUCCGCUUUGUGGCUUACUUCUGGUAACAAACAAAGAGCAAAUAAUGAAUCAUUGCUGUUCCUUGUCCAGAUGUUGUCGAAGCUACAGAUAAACAGCCUCUCUGUCUCCGUUGCGGCACCCUUCAAUCUCUUUGUCAGGUGGGAAUCACAUUUAAUGCAUCUAAUGCAGGCUCAAAGACACCUCUGGGAAGAAAGGAACUCUUCAAGUUGAAAGCGUUGAGCAUUUUCCAAAUUUCGCUGUGCCUUGAAAUGCAGCAAGCCUUUUCCUCAGUCUGUCCUCUCCUCUCUCUCCUCCCUCUCCUCUCUCUCUUCCUUCUCCUCAUACCCUGCUCUAUCUGCUCCAGUGAAGCCUCUGUACAGCCAGGCAGUCGUCCUGGAGAGGGCUAGUAAAGCGUUUAUUAGGGGCUUUGCAGUCCUGUAUUAUACUGGCAAGCAAAGAGGCACUCAUGCUUGGCCUUUAACUUUCUUGUGAAGUUCAGCCAUACAUGAAGAGGGGGUACUGGUCCUCUAAUGUAUUCCUGAUUUAAUAUUGUAUCAAAAAGAGAGCAGGGGAGGAGGGGGGGAGGGGAAGAGGGGGGAGGGGAGAGGGGGGCGGUGGAAAAUGUAAAUAGAAGCCUUAAGGAGGCUUUUGUGGCCGGGUGUUGAAGUUUGCUGAUUAAAUAUCACGUGGUACAUUGGUAAUGCCCAGUGGAGCGUUUGAACCCUGGAUGUGUGAAGAAUCCUGUUGGAGUCUUUGUGCUUGGGCUGUGUACCAUAACUUCCUCCAGUGGAACAAUACGGGAUAGGAAGACAGGAAGAGGCUCUUCUCACACUCUUACCCCAUUUAUUAACUUUGUGGGGCUCUUGUGUAAGUGGAAAAUCCCUCCGUCCAAUAAAGGAGGAGGAGAAAGAGCCCAAUUCACCAUCGUUUUUUUUCUUCCCAUUUCUCAUCUCUUCUCUGUAAAUCGCAUUCUCAUUGGAGGGUCGCCUUAAUUUUGUUCAGUUUUUUGGGGGGUCGUUGGGGACAUUUCUCCAGCGCAUUACUGGUGUGGGAUUUCUUUAUCUUUUUCAUCUUUCUACUUCCUCUCUCUGUCCGUGGAUACGGUGUCCCGGCAAAGUCGAGACACUCCUGCACAGAGCCUGUAAGAGGAACCAGGUUGAGACAGUAAUCCAGAUUCUAGCACUUCCUGGGACCGACUUCAACGUGAAAGGUAGGUCUCCCGACCCCUCGCUCUCCGGCUGCCUUCACUUUAAGGCGUCGCAGAGCGAUUAACAUGGAAAUAGAAAAGGAAGAAUACAAGGAAUGUGCGUCAUCACCAGUGUAACCUUUAGCUAAAAUGCGAAGGGUGUGUCUUGGAGGAACAGGGUGGGUUGGAGGCUAGAUUUACAGCCGCUCUGCCAAGCAAAUGCACGCCCUCUGUUAUUUCCAAUGGCUGUUUUUUUACCCUCACAGGGCAAAUAUAAUAACUGUCGCCUUCCUUUUAAGUCCUAUUCAAUCGCUGAUACAGAUGUGGCGUUAUUUGAAUCAUUUUAAUGUGUUUAUUAACUAUCAUCUAACGUGCUAAGUGGAGAUGAUGGCGAAAAAGGAAGCGGGACAAAAUGAAAGGGUUGAAAUGGCGGUGGGGUGACUAGUUUGAGUACAGUCUCCGUGCUCUGGUGACAUGAAACACAAACCGGGUCCCCAUAAUGUAAGACCUCUGGUCUCAGACAGAAAACGCAUAACGUUUAACUUCAGAGCACUAGAAUGAUUUUCACGACAGAAUACAUCCACCGACCACACAGUAGGUAUAGAUUUAGACUUGCUUAUCAAAAUCAAGAUCGAUUUAAACUAUUCCGACUAUUACGUUUUAGUGUGUCUAACUUUGGAUGUAGUGAAAUCAUUAGAGUAUCCCAGAUGAUUUGGUUUUAAAAUGAAAAGGUGGCUGCUAUUUUUAUUUUGUAUUUAUUUUUAUCAUAAUUGUUAUAAAAAAAGUAAUAUAUAUAUAUAUAUAUAUAUAUAUAUAUAUAUAUAUAUAUAUAUAUAUAUUUAAUGUUUUUAUUAUGGGGGUAGAUCAGCUUGUCACGUUCGUUGAGAGACGGGUCAGACCAAGGUGCAGCGUGAUAUGCAUACAUGUUUAUUAAGACGAAUAAACACUUGACAAAAUAACAAAACAACGAAAACGUGAAGUCCUACACACAACAAGCCUAACAGGAACACAAACAAGAUCCCACAACUAAGGUAGGCAACCAGGCUACUUAAGUAUGAUACCCAAUCAGAGACAACGAGCGACAGCUGCCUCUGAUUGGGAAUCACACCCGGCCAAACAUAGAAAUAUCAACCUAGAUCUAAACAUAGAUAUACAAUUCUAGAUCUACACAUAGAAACUCACGCCCUGACCAAACCAACUAAAGACAACCGGGCUCUCAAGGCCAGGGCGUGACACAGCUUUAAUAUAGCAGAUAGAUUAUAACUUCCAUCAAUGUAAUUGUCUGCAUCACUUCCAAUCCCCCAUAUGUUUUUUUUCUCUCGCAAAUAUACACUACCGUUCAAAAGUUUGGGGUCACUUAGAAAUGUCCUUGUUUUCCAUGAAAACAUACAUGAAAUGAGUUUGGAUAGGAAAUAUAGCAAAAUGCAUAGGAAAUGUAGUCAUUGACAAGGUUAGAAAUAAUGAUUUGUAAUUGAAAUAAUAAUUGUGUCCUUUGCUUUCAUCAUAGAAUCCUCCAUUUGCAGCAAUAACAGUCUUGCAGACCUUUGGCAUUCUAGUUGUCAAUUUGUUGAGGUAAUCUGAAGAGAUUUCGCCCCAUGCUUCCUGAAGCACCUCCCACAAAUUGGAUUGGCUUGAUGGGCACUUCUUACGUACCAUAAGGUCAAGCUGCUCCCACAACAGCUCAAUAGGGUUGAGAUCCGGUGACUGUGCUGGCCACUCCAUUAUAGACAGAAUACCAGCUGACUCCUUCUUCACUAAAUAGUUAUUGCAUAGUUUGGAGCUGUGCUUUGGGUCAUUGUCCUGUUGUAGGAGGAAAUUGGCUCCAAUCAAGCGCCGUACACAGGGUAUGGCAUGGCAUUGCAAAAUGGAGUGAUAGCCUUCCUUCUUCAAGAUCCAUUUACCCUGUACAAAUCUCCCACUUUACCACCACCAAAGCACCCCCAGACCAUCACAUUGCCUCCACCAUGCUUGACAGAUGGCAUCAAGCACUCCUCCAGCAUCUGAUGGCUGCUGAUAAUGGCCCUCUGUAUGCCUAUGUAGAUAUUCCAUUAGAAAUCAGCCGUUUCCAGCUACAAUAGCCAUUUACAACAUUAACAAUCUGUACACUGUAUUUCUGAUCAAUUUGAUGUUAUUUUAAUGGAAAAACAAGGACAUUUCUAAGUGAACCCAAACUUUUGAACGGUAGUGUAUAUAUACACACACACACACAUAUAUAUAUAUAUAUAUAUAUAUAUAUAUAUAUAUAUAUAUACAUACACACACAUACAGUUGAAGUCUGAAGUUUACAUACACCUUAGCCAAAUACAUUUAAACUCAGUUUUUCACAAUUCCUGACAUUUAAUCCUAGUAAAAAUUCCCUGUCUUAGGUCAGUUAGGAUCACUGCUUUAUUUUAAGAAUGUGAAAUGUCAGAAUAAUAGUAGAGAGAAUGAUUUAUUUCAGCUUUUAUUUAUUUCAUCACAUUCCCAGUGGGUCAGACGUUUACAUUCACUCAAUUACUUGGGUCAAAUGUUUCGGGUAGCCUUCCACAAGCUUCUCACAAUAAGUUGGGUGAAUUUUGGCCCAUUCCUCCUCGCAAGCAACCCCCUUUUUCCUCCAAACAUAACGAUGGUCAUUAUGGCCAAACAGUUCUAUUUUUGUUUCAUCAGACCAGAGGACAUUUCUCCAAAAAGUAUGAUCUUUGUCCCCAUGUGCAGUUGCAAACCGUAGUCUGGCUUUUCUAUGGCGGUUUUGGAGCAGUGGCUUCUUCCUUGCUGAGCGGCCUUUCAGGUUAUGUCAACAUAGGACUCGUUUUACUGUGGAUAUAGAUACUUUUGUACCUGUUUCCUCCAGCAUAUUCACAAGGACCUUUGCUGUUGUUCUGGGAUUGAUUUUCACUUUUCGCACCAAAGUGCGUUCAUCUCUAGGAGACAAAAUGCGUCUCCUUCCUGAGCGGUAUGACGGCUGCAUGGUCCCAUGGUGUUUAUACUUGCGUACAAUUGUUUGUACAAAUGAACGUGGUACCUUCAGGCGUUUGGAGAUUGCUCCCAAGGAUGAACCAGACUUGUGGAGGUCUGCAAAAAAACUCUGAGGUCUUUGCUGAUUUCUUUUGAUUUUCCCAUGAUGUCAAGCAAAGAGGCACUGAGUUUGAAGGUAGGCCUUGAAAUACAUCCACAGGUACACCUCCAAUUGACUCAAAAGAUGUCAAUUAGCCUAUCAGAAGCUUCUAAAGCCAUGCCAUCAUUUUCUGGAAUUUUCCAAGCUGUUUAAAGGCACAGUCAACUUAGUGUAUGUAAACUUCUGACCCACUGGAAUUGUGAUACAGUGAAUUAUAAGUGAAAUAAUAUGUCUGUAAACAAUUGUUGGAAAAAUUACUUGUGUCAUGCACAAAGUAGAUGUCCUAACCGAGUUGCCAAAACUAUAGUUUGUUAACAAGAAAUGUGUGGAGUGGUUGAAAAACUAGUUUUAAUGACUCCAACCUAAGUGUAUGUAAACUUCCGACUUCAACUGUACAUACAAAUGCAUAUAUACACAUACAUACAUAUACAUAUAUACACACACAUAUAUACAGUGGGGAGAACAAGUAUUUGAUACACUGCCGAUUUUGCAGGUUUUCCUACUUACAAAGCAUUUAGAGGUCUGUAAUUUUUAUCAUAGGUACACUUCAACUGUGAGAGACGGAAUGUAAAACAAAAAUCCAGAAAAUCACAUUGUAUGUGUAGUGUAUUAGGAUUAUGUCUUUGUUAAUGUUUUUCAUGUGGAACUGAACGGAUGUUUAUUUUAGUUCAAAAGUAGCCAUUUGUAGGGUGACGCCCCAGGGGAGACAGGUGAUUGGACAGCAGAGGGAGCAACCCAUAUUUUUGCAUUGUUUAUAAGUAUAUGCUGGACGAAGAAGAGGUUAGAGCAGACAUUACAAUUCGAGGACACUGCUCUCCGGGUGGUCAUGACAUCCGUCACUUAUGCUGAAAUCUUGUGAUAUGAAUAAAACUUAUGAUCAAAGGUUCAGUAUGAGCAGACUCCUUUGUUUAUCAGCAAUAAUUGCCAGCAUUUACUCGAUACUACAUAUGAUUUUUAAGUAAUUAAUUUGCAUUUUAUUGCAUGACAUAAGUAUUUGAUCACCUACCAACCAGUAAGAAUUCAGGCUCUCACAGACCUGUUAGUUUUUCUUUAAGAAGCCCUCCUGUUCUCCACUCAUUACCUGUAUUAACUGCACCUGUUUGAACCUGUUACCUGUAUAAAAGACACCUGUCCACACACUCAAUCAAACAGACUCCAACCUCUCCACAAUGGCCAAGACCAGAGAGCUGUGUAAGGACAUCAGGGAUACAAUUGUAGACCUGCACAAGGCUGGGAUGGGCUACAGGACAAUAGGCAAGCAGCUUGGUGAGAAGGCAACAACUGUUGGCGCAAUUAUUAGAAAAUGGAAGAAGUUCAAGAUGACGGUCAAUCACCCUCGGUCUGGGGCUCCAUGCAAUAUCUCACCUCGUGGGGCAUCAACGAUCAUGAGGAAGGUGAGGGAUCAGCCCAGAUCUACACGGCAGGACCUGGUCAAUGACCUGAAGAGAGCUGGGACCACAGUCUCAAAGAAAACCAUUAGUAACACACUGCGCCGUCAUGGAUUAAAAUCUUGCAGUGCACGCAAGGUCCCCCUGCUCAAGCCAGCGCAUGUCCAGGCCCGUCUGAAGUUUGCCAAUGACCAUCUGGAUGAUCCAGAGGAGGAAUGGGAGAAGGUCAUGUGGUCUGAUGAGACAGAAAUAGAGCUUUUUGGUCUAAACUCCACUCGCCGUGUUUGGAGGAAGAAGAAGGAUGAGUACAACCCCAAGAACACCAUACCAACUGUGAAGCAUGGAGGUGGAAACAUCAUUCUUUGGGGAUGCUUUUCUGCAAAGGGGACAGGACGACUGCACCGUAUUGAGGGGAGGAUGGAUGGGGCCUUGUAUCGCGAGAUCUUGGCCAACAACCUCCUUCCCUCAGUAAGAGCAUUGAAGAUGGGUCGUGGCUGGGUCUUCCAGCAUGACAACGACCCGAAACACACAGCCAGGGCAACUAAGGAGUGGCUCCGUAAGAAGCAUCUCAAGGUCCUGGAGUGGCCUAGCCAGUCUCCAGACCUGAACCCAAUAGAACAUCUUUGGAGGUAGCUGAAAGUCCGUAUUGCCCAGCGACAGCCCUGAAACCUGAAGGAACUGGAAAAGGUCUGUAUGGAGGAGUGGGACAAAAUCCCUGCUGCAGUGUGUGCAAACCUGGUCAAGACCUACAGGAAACGUAUGAUCUCUGUAAUUGCAAACAAAGGUUUCUGUACCAAAUAUUAAGUUCUGCUUUUCUGAUGUAUCAAAUACUUAUGUCAUGCAAUAAAAUGCAAAUUAAUUACUUAAAAAUCAUACAAUGUGAUUUUCUGGAUUUUUGUUUUAGAUUCCGUCUCUCACAGUUGAAAUGUACCUAUGAUAAAAAUUACAGACCUCUACAUGCUUUGUAAGUAGGAAAACCUGCAAAAUCGGCAGUGUAUCAAAUACUUGUUCUCCCUACUGUAUAUACACAUAUAUACAUACACACAAAUACAUAUAAAUACAUAUACAUACAUAGUUAUAUACAUAUCCUUUUUUUAAAUAUAAAGGUGGCUGCUAUUAGCUAUGAAGCUAUUAGCAGCAUAAUAUGUGAAUGUGUUUAAUGGUUGUCUUAGGGGUUGUCCUCCAUUUCACUCAUAACGCUUUCUUUAAAGGAUUUUAAAAGAUUCCAUCGGGAUGACUGUUUGUUCUGUGUGUGUGUGUGUGUGUGUAUGUGUGUGUGUGUGCGCGCGUGCAUGUGUGCCUGCAUGUGUAGUUGUACGUGUGUGUACGUGUGUGUUACUCCUCAGACCACGCAGGCUGGACGCCCCUGCAGAGGCAUAUAACCAUGGCAGCAGUGCGUGUGUGGAGGCUCUGCUGCGCCACCAGCCCGUCCCUCACCUGAACGGCCAGGUGGGCGGAGUCAGGCCGCUACACAAUGCUCUGUGGACACACAGACAUCGGCAAGAUGCUCCAGCAUGCAG